GUGCCAGGUCCAUUACAUGAACGCUCAUCAGAUGUCGCAGCAGCUCGGGGUCAACGCGCAGUUUGUGUCUCGUAUCACGGGCACCGUGUAUAUUCAGAUGAAUAGCAGGGAGGCCGAAUCGGCUUCCCUCGUCAAUGUUGGCCUGCAUUUGAAGUUCAACAAAACAUCCGAAGAGAUUCCUGGAUACUCGAAGAGAACUAACGACACUUGGCUGUACUCGACAAAGUGCCUUCAAGUACUCAAGGAGUAUCUGGCAAAGUAUCUCGAUUUUGUGCAGAGAAUUCUUCCAUUUUUGGGGCAGGACAAAAUUUCGGUAGAGGACCUUUAUCCAAAAGGAGUUGGGAAAGAAGAGGUGAAAGAAGUGGCCAAGUGGAUAAAAGAGCAGGAGUGCACCAAGGUUCCGCGGGUCAAAAGUGGUGCACUGUUGCUCGACGAGGGCGUCGUGCAGGCCAUCGAAGAGACUAUCAACAGGGCCAAGAGCACGGAGCCACCACAGGAAGUGCUCUUGGACGUUCACCCCAAGCACCUGUAUCGGCCAGGCCUGCAGCACGGCUGGGUGCCGCCCGACGCGAAGGCCACGUACCACUUGUUUGACCGAGUGGUGAAUGUCCGUGAAAACAUUUCAGUUCCUCUGGGAUACCGGGGAACCAUCAUCGGACUUCUCCCACUGGAAGAUAACGAGCCACAAAUGUGCGAGGUAGUGUUUGAUGAGCCGUUUGCGGGCGGCCUCCCCCUGCGGUGCUCGGAACAUCACGGCUACCGCAUCUCCACUCUGUUCCUGGUGAACCUGUCGUACGGCAGCCGAGGCCAGAGGAGCCAACAACUCUACCAGGUGCCAGCACGCCGCCAGCAACAGGCGGAUUCAUACUCAGCGGUUGCUGGCAACAAGGUCAGAACUGGCUCUGCUCAACCACGGGCCACCCAUGCAAGCGUAGAUAACGGCUGGCAGGACUUGUCACCACAGCGUCGGCAAGGGAAGAACAGGUUUCACCACUCACCAAAUUCACCAUUCGAGGCUCAAAAGUCCUCCCCAGCUCCCGAGUCAUCCGGUGAAAACACGUCAGACUUUGCCUCCUUGUGGCUUGGGCUGCAGAAGGCGACAGCAGCACCCAUGGCGUGCACCCUACCACCUGCACAGCAGGCUUCAACCUCUUCACAGCACCAGGGCACUCCCCUCUCGCUGGACGAGCUCUUCAAAGGAGCGAGGAACCUUAAGGAAGAGAACUCUGGGACUGUGGCUCCAUCAUCAGCGAGCAUCCUGGAGGACUUGGUGAAGCGCACCAAGGAGUCGAUGGGUGCAGAGCCAGAACACUUCUGCAUUGGAAUGGAUGGACAGCCUCCAAAGAAAUUCAAGGCGUUUGUCGUCCUGCCGAAUGGGAAAAAGUUCGCGAGCGCAUGCUUGGACAACCAGAAGAGUGCACUGCAGGAUGCAGCCCAGCAGGCUCUUGCAUUUGUCACCAAGAAAAUGCCUGCCUCCCAGCUGGUGCAACCAACGCCUAUAGCAGUGCAACCUCAGCGGCCCAACUUGCCCCUUCCCUUUGGCAACCCGCCGCCACCGUUAUGUGGCGCUGGCAGCUUGGGGGCACAGUUUCGGAUGCCGCCCCCUUGCGAGGCAUCGCUCAUUCCGGACUCCUUCGUGGAGAGCAACCGCCGCCUCAUGGAGACACUUAACAGCAUGCCGAGCGAGCAGCAGACGCAGCAACCCGGCCACGGUCUGUCGUGGCAGAUGCCAAGGAUGCCACCCCCGUUCAACCGGGCACCCCUGUACAUGGCAACGUCACCUGGCAAGGAACCGUACCAGCAGCGCCCCUUCUUUCCCAGUCCCCGCAACAUUUUUGCUCCACGGCCUACAAUGUUCCUGUACCAGCAACAUCAACAACAGUUGCACAGGCAACCACACCCGGACAGUCUUCUGCGACCCCAGUUUCCUGCCAGGUCUCCGCACAAGGACAGGCAGCCUGCGCAUAGCGGAGGUGGUCGUUAUGGGGAGCAGCAGUCGGAGCCUUGCCUGCCGCGGCCGCCCGUAUUUCCCGAGCACCAGCUCUCGGCGUCAGCCAGUGUGUUCGUUCCCACUCAGGUCAUGCGAAAGCAACCUGCUUCCAAGUCCACUACGGCCACGGCCAGUUCUAGUUCUCCGAAAAAGAACAAGGCGGCUGCAAAAAGCACGAAGUCGCCACCAACUAAGGAAGCACCGGCACAGAAGCCCGUCGACCUCACCCAGAGUGCUUCGGCAAAGCAGCAAACGGCCAAGGAGCCAGAGGCAGCAAACGUGGCAGCACCUUCAAGUGCACAGUCUUCAACGGCCAAACCCAACCCGGAUUCCAGUGCCACGAAAUCUGCACCCGCGUCACAAGCCGCUGCCGCUUCCAAUUCAAAGCCUCCGGCGCGCAGGUCGAGGCUGGCCGUCAAGUUUGACUAUGCCCCCUCCUGAGGGGCUCGAGUCACAUAGCAUGUUUGCGGCGUGCUAGGCAAAGCGUUCGUGAGAUGUCCUUUUGUACACCCGAAAGAGACGACUCAACAGAUGCUGCCCACCGACGCGCAUAUCGGACGGUGUAAAACAAAACAUUGGUUUGCAGAUGUAUAGUUUACGUACUUCGGCGACUGGCUGGAUCUCCGAUGUAAAUUCUCAAUUUUCUCCUUACGCACACAUCGUGAUUUCUUUUCCUCAAUUUCGUAAUUGUGCUUUCGGAUAAUUUCUAUCGCGCGCACGCUAAUGUUUGAUAACACUUGAAACAAAGUCACAAAUGACCUAAAAUUUACGGGAAACUGUUUUCUUGCUCUCAUGUUUUAUUUAAAGCCUCGUUGAGUUUCACAGCGAUGAGGUCUGUGAGACCUUGCAAGCUGUGCUUGUGGUAGCUGCUGCUUAAUAAUGGCGCAAGGUCGUUACAGCCGCAAACUGUGAUUUCAAAAGCACGCACAUGUAUUUCGCUUGCGGAACUUAAUUUCCUCUUCAUAUUAAAGCAAUGUCACUCCUCCUUACUGUUGUGCUAAUCUGAAUCGUCGUGCAGCCAGGAACUGAGCCAGCCAGAAUGAACACGCCAAUGACAACCAGUCAUUAGUUAUCAACGGUGAGGGGCUCAGGUCACAUAGCGCUUUUGCGGCGUACUAGGCAAAGCGUUCGUGAAAUGUCCUUUUGUGUACACCCUAAAGGGGCGACUCAACAGCUGCAGCCCACUGACGCGGCGAUACGGCUCUCUUUGUUGUGAUGCACUGUGUGCUGAAUAUACGCCUAGGGCGACUUGAUUUAAAUUGUGUUCUUUAUUGAUCACUUGCGUUGCCUUUCGCAACAUUUUUACCCCUUUGUUGAGCCUUUGAAAACUGAAGGAAACCACUUUGCAGUGAUGUUUUUUUUUAAUCAACAUUUACAAGUGUUGUUACAUUUCUAAAAAUUACUUUUAUUAGUGGACUCGUUUAUAUUGUUAUCAUACAUCUGUGAUAAUCGAAUUGGGAGCUAACGAAGACUGUACACUCCUGCCUGACCUAAAGAGUUCUGCAUGAUCUUAUACGAGCUAUUUUGUUCGUGUAGCAUGCUGCGGCUGAGUGUCGUCUUUCUUGUUUUCCUGAGCCAUGUGCGGCGUAUUGGUCUAUGUUUCUUUUUAAAACUUUAAUAAAAACUCCUUAAUUAAUGCUGCUAACAUUUCCAUCAUUUCUAAGCAGAAGCGGCGAAGUUUCUUGCUUAAAUUGUUUGAGGAAAGUCUGCCGUUGCAGUUGUGUUGCUGCCAUAGGAAUGAUGUGUAGUGAACACAGAUUUGGCAUGGCUUUGUUGACAAAAGCAAAUUGCUGCUUCUUUUUCUUGUUAUUCACAAUUCAGUUGCGUUGCGUGCUAGUCGCACGACAUUUCUUUAGGGUGGUAAAACAUUUCACAUUGACAUUUCAUUGUGUUAUGCAAUUUUGACUGUCAAAAUAAGUCUGGACACUUCUUGGUACAUAUGUCGCUAGUUUCAGCGGCUGUUCAGAAGUGACGCUUGCCAUCGGCGACUAUAUUAUGUGCUUCAAAGAGCU